CACGCUUCAUGGAAACAGAGUUCCGGUUGAGUUUGCUCCAAGCUACCGCAACAUGAAAGUGCUGAACUCGGCUGUGGUGAAGGCACAAAUAAAAGUGGUGAUCGAAGACCUGGAGGACGUGCUACGGGAACUGAAGAAAGUUGCCGCUGAGCUUCGCGUGAUCAUCGAGCAGAUAGACGACAUAACCGCGCGGAUAGACCAUGAGGAGGCCCGCAUGAAGUCUCUACAGCUUGUCGAAGGUCGUGAAGGCAGGAUGUUGCUGUCUGACCCCCGUGGGCGGCCAAAUGGUCAGCCGAAAACCCAGACUGCCCACUGCAGCCACAUCACGGACAUCACUGGGGGCGCCAGGAGUCGGACCAGGUGCGAGUAUCCCGACAUCCUCGUGUCCAGUCCUCCGCAGUUUCAACACUUACGAGAGACCGCCAUCGUAGAUUCACACCUGUACUGUUCUCUUGGCAGUGGAGGUGGCCAUCGUCGCCAAUAUAACACCAUUGAUACAAGCGAGCUGAGAAAAGUGAUGCAGCCUACCGCUUGUGUAGAGGCAAAAUCUCAGACUCUAAGGACACGAACUGAAUGUAGAUAUUCGCCUGUUGGUGCAGAGUGUAAUACUGACGAUGGUCCGUCACGAAAAUCGUGCACACUGGACAGGCGUACUGAUUCUCUGUCAACCACACGACUGGUGAGCUUGAGAAACGGACCAAUACGAACAGACUGUGCCGUCACAUCCUCAAGUACAAGUGUUAGCAAACUUAUAGAGUCUGAGGAAGCCCUUGAGACGUGCCGACAGGACACGCACUCGUACGUCCUGCACGGGACCAGGCUGGUGCACACCUGUUCCGGUAGGGACUGCGGCGGGCCCGGCGGUGACAGCGACAGCGUCCGCACGAUAGAAAGUACCGAGAGGCUCGUCAGCAGAAGUCGGACGAGGAACGAGGAGUACGGCUGUGGCGACUCGAUCGCUUCCUCCUCCACGCCCGUGUACGGUGAGACCGUGUCCACGAUGAAAAAGUCGACGUCGGGGUGCUUCAGUUGCGCUGCAGCGUCCAACACGGACUCUUACGAGGAGCUGGCCGUGACCAGUUGCCUGACCACGAGGAGGACGUGGCGAUCCCAGACUGUCUCGGACGCUCGUCGCCGCUUUUUCCGCCCGAAAGUCGAGCUACGAAACGGUACAGGAAUAAGAUACCACACGAUGGACGAGAAGACAGAUACCCACGUGAGGGACAGCGGAGGGGCACAUUCGGUCUUAAGUGACUCACAAACAUGGCUAGUCAGCACGGGCUCACAAACAACUGAGGACAUUUCAGACGUCGAGGCCGACGAGCGAGUGAAGAACUACCUAAGGGAUUUCGUCAACCUAAGAGAUGAAAUCACAAAAUUAUGA